AUGGGAAAGGCCAAGAAAACGAGGAAGUUUUCGCUUAUGAAAAGAGCCAUCACAGAUAAAGAUGCGCGUCUCAAUAAAGACAAAACCUCUCAAAAGGAUAAGAAAAAGGAUGACCCAGAACUCACGAGGUCAGUACCUCAAGUAUCCAGUGCAUUAUUUUUCCAGUUCAACCAGGCCAUCAAGCCUCCAUACCAGGUACUCAUAGAUACUAACUUUUUCAACUUUUCUAUCCAGAAAAAGAUCGAUAUUGUGCGUGGACUCAUGGACUGCUUGUAUGCUAAGUGUAUUCCAAUGGUCACUGACUGUGUGAUGGCGGAGUUGGAGAAGCUUGGACCCAAAUAUCGAAUUGCCUUAAAGCUAGCAAAGGAUCCAAGAAUCCAGAGAGUCAAGUGUUCGCAUGGAGGUACCUAUGCGGAUGACUGUUUGGUCAACAGAGUCAUUCAGCAUAAGUGUUAUAUUGUAGCCACCAAUGAUGCAGAUUUGAAAAGAAGAAUUCGAAAGGUGCCGGGAAUCCCGCUUAUGAGUGUGGGAGCACAUAGUUAUGUUAUCGAGAGGUUGCCGGAUGUGUUUUAG